AUGCGAGUGGAGAGAGAUUUUGAGCGCACCAUCCACUCUCGCCUUCCAGCGCGAGACACUCUGUUCCGGUCGAGGCAGGCACCUCCUGCCCCACUUGCUCCAGCAGGUAGGUUUAGGGUUCAGCCUGCUGGCGUCCCGCCCGCACUUCCAAGGAGACGUUGCGAGUACUGCGGGCGAGAUGGCCAUACUACUCGAUUCUGUUACAAGAGGAUAGCCGAGGAAGGCAACGCGCCGCUAGCAAACUGCCCUCGGCAAAAUCGAGCUGCGAUCCGAGGAGGGCCUAGGCCACAACAGCCCAGGCAAGGACCUCCGGUAGAGCAGAGGGCUCCCCAAGCCAGAGUAUAUGUCGUCGCCGCUACAGAGGCCGAACUGGCAUUGAACACCACUAGGAUGCAUACCCCCUUAGUUGUAGCAUUCCCUAUGGGCAAAUUUGUAGCAACAGAUAAGAUAUGCAGGGCAUGUCCCAUCACGCUCGCAAAUCGCGAGGUUGCUGUAGACCUAAUUGUCAUGCUCGUUAGAGGGUUCGACGUCAUCUUUGGGAUGGACUGGCUCACGUUGGUGCGUGCAGUCAUGGAUUGCCGCGACAAAACGGUGACUAUAUCCAUCCAAGGACAUGCCUCUUUCACUUUAAAAGGGAGGGGCAAAUGCCAAAAGUUCGAGAGCAUGCAGGCUCUAGUGGAGGCUGAGAUAGUGGAAGCCACUAUCGGACGAAUACCAGUAGUCCGAGACUUUUCCGAAGUAUUCCAAGAGAUACCAGGACUACCUACUAGGUGUGCGGUAGAUUUUUGUAUCGACCUCAAGCUAGGAACCGCUCUUAUAUCACUCCCCCUAUUUUGCAUGCCUCCUUGCGAGAUGGAGGAGCUAAGGAGUUAG